AUGACAAGUAUAAGAGAAGAUUUUCCUUAUUUUCAUGUGGGUGUGAGUGAGGACCGAAAUAGACGUUGUAGACGUACAAUGGAGGAUGCGCACUCAUAUUUUUAUGAUUUCGCGGGAAUUAAGGGCCAAGGUUUCUUCUCAAUUUUUGACGGUCAUGCUGGUAAACAAGCCGCCGAAUGGUGUGGAAAUCAUUUUCAUGAGGCAGAUGAACAACUUAACCAAAAUGCUGGAAAGCAUUCUGGAUGCACGGCUGUUACCGCUUUUUUGAGGUCUGAAGAAAUAACAAAUGGAAAUGAUAUUAAUGGUAAGGAUCCUUCAGUAUGCAAUGGCGCUGAUUCAACGAAGAAACUCAAGCGUGUUUUAUAUACUGCAAAUGUUGGUGAUGCUCGCGCUGUUUUGAAUCGGGAUGGGAAGGCUUUUAGGCUGUCUUAUGAUCAUAAAGGAAGCGAUUUUCAAGAAGCUAAAAGAAUUGUUGAAGCUGGUGGCUUUGUCAUGAAUAACCGCGUUAAUGGUGUAUUGGCUGUGACACGUUCACUUGGUGAUUAUUCAAUGAAAGAUUUUGUUAUAGGUAAACCUUACACCACUGAAACAACUCUAACAGAAAAGGAUCCAUUUUUGAUACUUGCAUGUGAUGGUCUAUGGGAUGUUUGUAAUGACCAGGAAGCUGUGGAUCUCAUUAAAGAUAUUAUGGAUCCAGAGGAAGCAAGCACAAAAUUGAUUAAACACGCUCUACAAAAUUUCAGUACUGAUAAUUUAAGUGUGAUG